UCAUACAUACAAAUACGAAUUGCAGUUAAGUGUGGUGUUUAUAUCUUUGGAAGUAUAUUUGUUUCGAAUCCGAUCUGGAUUUUCUCCCAGUCAUUUACUAGCCUUGGACCCGUUUUUUCUAUCUUUUUAAAAUCCUCUGCUUCCUCGCGAAUAUCAUGAAAAUAACUGAACACUUUUCCAGGGCGUAUUAGCAAGAUCCCUUGAAACAAGGCGUAGAGAACACUGCGUAAGUGAUGCUUUUUAAUCAAGAAAGGACUUAGCUGGAGCCUGCAGGCCUGGCGCUGAGCUAGGCUGUGGUGUGAGGCGCUCAGCUGGCAGACUGGUCCAGCAGGGGGCGCCCGGGCACCUCACUGCAGCAUCCCGGUGGCGGAGCGCAGCGGUGGCUGACCGGAGCUCGCGUCCUGCCGCAGUCUCUCCGCUGCUAGUCUGAGCGAGUGCGACGGAGGAGACCCCCGUCCGGGCACCGCACUUGCAGCCCCAGCAACUCCCACCCGCGAUCGCGGCUCCCCGACUCCCAAACGCCUCCUGCAGCCCGCGUGGGUCAGCGUGGGAGAGCUUCCCGGUCUCCACGGCCGGAUUGCGAACUUGGAGAGGACCUCGACUGUCUCCCCGGCCUGGAGAGUGAACAGUGAACUCUUCUGAUUGACGAUGACACAGUGAAACUAAAGGCCACCACCAAAACUAUCCGCUCGCAUCCCGAGUCUGAACAUUAAACCUGUUUCCACCAGCCAUGGCUAAGAGCGCAGAGGUCAAGCUGGCCAUAUUUGGAAGAGCAGGCGUGGGCAAAUCAGCGAUUGUGGUGAGAUUUCUGACCAAACGGUUCAUCUGGGAAUACGAUCCAACCCUCGAAUCAACCUACCGACACCAGGCAACCAUCGACGAUGAAGUUGUUUCUAUGGAGAUCCUGGACACCGCUGGCCAGGAAGACACCAUCCAGAGGGAAGGGCACAUGCGCUGGGGGGAAGGCUUCGUGCUGGUCUACGACAUCACCGACCGAGGAAGCUUCGAAGACGUGCUGCCGCUGAAGAAUAUCCUAGAUGAAAUCAAAAAGCCCAAAAACGUAACUCUCAUCUUGGUCGGAAACAAAGCCGACUUGGACCACUCCAGACAAGUGAGUACCGAGGAAGGGGAGAAGCUGGCUUCGGAAUUGGCUUGUGCGUUUUACGAAUGCUCCGCCUGCACGGGAGAAGGGAACAUCACCGAGGUAUUCUACGAGCUCUGUCGCGAGGUGCGUCGCAGGAGGAUGGUGCAGGGCAAGACACGGCGCCGCAGCUCCACCACACACGUCAAGCAAGCGAUUAACAAGAUGCUCACCAAAAUCAGCAGUUAGAGGCCCUGCCACACUGUGCCGAAAAGUGGGAAGGCCUUCCUGGGUCUUCUUUUGCCCCUCAACCACAGCCAAGAUAUUCCACUUCUUAUUCUGAGUUUGGGGAACGUCAGGGUUUCUCGUGGUUCCCGAUCCAGUAAAUGCUGGGAAAUUCUCGAGUGUCUUCUGCAGCCCCGUGCUGGGACAGUCUCUCUCUUCCCUGCUUGCGUAGGAUCGGUGCUAGUGUAGUUUGAAGAUGUAACCACCAAAGACGUUGAAGUGGCUGGGUUCGCGGAAGCUAAUUUUAGGGUAUCUCUGCCUGCUUAAAUAAGCUGCAAGUCUUUUCAAAGGCAUUUUAAGAUUCCGAAUGUCUGGUGAGAAGGUUAGCAGAGCGAUUCGAAUGGGAAACAGAAUUCUAGUUCCCAUUCGAAGUGAGGAUUUUUUUUAUAUCGUUAUUGUUAUUAUCUUACUUAAAUUAUGGGGCUUUCCUUUAACACUUUAUUUCAUUUUUAGGUUGAAAUGGUAUCACUGACUUUGGCUUUGUGAUGUAAUUGCCCAUUUCAGUUCAAGUUGGUUCUCUCUCAGCGAUCUACAGCAGUCCUUAGGCACCAUAUUCUAUUAUUUCCUUAAUAACAAAAGAAACAGGACCCACAAUUCGUUCCCUCCUGUGGCUUUGCUCCCCCAAACCUGGGUGAUAAGAAAAAGAAAAAAACAAAACAACAACAACAACAAAAAAAAAAAAAAAAAACCCACCAGGAACCUUUGUACCAAAGCUCGACUUCAGUGCAUGUUCGUAGGGGAAUUACAAUUAGAGACACCUGGUUUGUUUACUCUAUUAGCACCGUAGCGGGAAGGUCGCCCUCUAAAUAAGACAAUUAUGAUGCUUCGUUAUUCCUCCUUGGAAACCAAGGCAGAAUCCCAUGCAGUCAGAAAGAGUCAGCCUCUGAUUCAGUAAGUUGCCCACAUGCCUCCUCCUUAACCUUUUUAACCUUUGGGUAAGAUUAAUUCACAUGGGGGAAUUCAGAGAAAUAAUGGGUGAGUGAAAUUCACCAUACCUGAACAAGCGUGUAAAAAGCGGAUGCUUGACUGACUGAAGGAUUCUUUAACUGCCCAGAGUUUAUGACUUCUCUUCAUUUCCUGCCCCAUAUACUGAGAUUUGGGCACUUUAUUUCAGGAUAAAAUAUAUAUCUUUUACGAUGUCUGUAUUUAUAUGUAUACUUAUAAGUAUGUAUAAAAUUUGUAAGCAUCGAAGGUUUUAACUCACCAAUGUAUUUGAACAAUCUGGUGUAACUGACUCCGUUUUAUGUGAUUAUAAUAAAAAAUAUAAUUUUCAAA